CUGGAAGAGAAAGGUUAGUAAGCAGCCAUAAGAUAUUCCUGGAAAGAAAAUGUUUUCGUGUUGCAAAUGUGUGAAAUCAUUUGAAAAAAGUGGGGAUCUAUGGAACCAUUUAAAGAUCCAUAACAUCAAUACGAAGACCAGAACAAAACUUGUGUGUCAUGUGCAAGAAUGUUUUAAAACAUUUUAUCAUGGUUAUAGCUACAAGCGGCACUUACAAUAUCAUGAUUCCAUUGCACAAAAUGAACAGGAGGUUCAUCCAUUUUAACUCGGGCUUGAUUUGAUAAUGAUUGAUAUCUUAAGAGUUCCAUUAUUAUUGAUCAGAUCUUGCAGACAUGAAAGUCAUCACUGAAUGGUUGAAAAGUCAUAACACCCCCCAAAAAGAUGUUGUGGCCAAAAUGCAGCUGACAUCAGCAUAUAGAAAAGACUUUGUACAUUCAACACUGCCGGGAAGUUCCAGGAAAAAGCCUUGUGUGGCUGAAGUGCUGGAUGAGUUUCCACAUCUCCUUUCCCCUGGAAUGAUUGAGCAAGACUACGAAAUGCUGUUUUCGGGGAGAGGAAAGCACCUCUAUACAAAGUGGCCGGUGGUGUCUGCGUGCAUCCUAGAAUAUGUAAACCGAGUAAGCCCAGGGUGGUAGGCCAGAUUUAACGUUCAGCAUAGAAAAGACACAGACUUCAGUCAAGAUGAGAGGAUGAACCUGGCAUUUUGCCUUCUCUCGCAUUUGUUCCCUGGAAAGAAGUCAACAAAGGGAGGAAGAGCUUCCAUCCAAGAAGCCUUGGAUAAUUUCAUUGACUUUCAAAAGGAGGGGACCAAUGUAGAGGCAUACAAAUCUUCGCAUGGGAGGAACCAACCUUUCAUCCUAGCCCUAGGAGGACACUUCUGCAAUCCAGCUCAGACUUUUGUUGUAUUGGAGCACCACGUUCUUGAGCAGAAGAGUCUCGUUGCAGCUGUAGAUUUGUGCUACAAGAUCUUUCAGAUCUUUGAUCUACAGUAUCCAUGCCAGGCAAGAGCAAUGUGGGUCGUGAUGGACACCAUUGCUUUUGAUGUCAAACCAGGAGCUCAAGAGUCUGGUGCAGUGAGAGCCUUCAGGGCAUAUUACCAUUUCAACCAGAAAUGAAGCCUUGGAAUGUGUUGUUCUAUCAACAGGCCUUUUGAUAUUGAAAUGAUCACUUAGAAAAUUGUCAUUAAAAAGAAAACGGAUUUAUGAACCCCAAACUAUUAUAAUAUUUUGAAAGAGUAACUCCUUCCACAUCUUCGGUACCAUUUUUGUGUGGUAUGUGUUUACGCUUGGAUGAACAUAGCACAUUGAUCAAAAGAUGUAAAAAGUGUCAAAGUAGGGGUGUAGUUGAAA